GAGAAACCAUUCACAUGUGAUCAGUGUGAGAAGAAUUUUACACACAAACAAAGUCUUGAUGUUCACAUGAGAGUUCACACUGGAGAGAAACCAUUUAUCUGUGAUCAGUGUGAAAAGAGAUUCUCAAGCAAACGACAUCUAGAGACUCACACGAGAGUCCAUACUGGAGAGAAGCCGUUCAAGUGGGAUCAGUGUGGAAAGAGCUUCACAAGUUCAUCAAGCCUUAAAGGACACAUGAACAUCCACACUGGAGAAAAGGUGUUCAUGUGCUCUCAGUGUGGAAAGAGUUUCUCAAACAAACACAAUCUAGAGAUGCACAUGAGAGUUCAUUCUGGAGAAAAACCGUUCACAUGUGAUCAGUGCGGAAAGAGCUUCACAAAAAAAACAAGUCUUAAAGGGCACAUGAGGAUCCACACUGGAGAAAAGCCGUAUGCUUGUGAUCAAUGUGGGAAGAGUUUCAUAUUAUCAUCACAUCUUAAAGAACACAUGAGAAUCCACACGAGAGAGAAGUGGCACGCAUGCGAUCAAUGCGACAAAAUGUUUCUGUGGGCUUCAGUCCUGAAGAAUCGUCUGAGACUUCAUGAGAAAAUACAUACUGGUGUAAAAGCUCAUAUGUGCUUUGAGUGUGAAAAGACUUUUACUUCAGCAAACUACUUAAAACUGCACCAGAGGAUCCACACUGGAGAGAAACCUUACAAGUGUUCACACUGUGACAAGAGAUUCAGUGUGUCAUCAAAUCUGAGAAAACAUGAGAGGAUCCACACUGGAGAGAAACCACACACGUGUGAUCAGUGCGGGAAGAGUUUCACUGUUAAAAGUCACCUGAAAUUACACAUGAAGAUCCAUGCAGUGGAGAAACCAGAUCAGCACAGUCCAUCUGUGGUCCUGUGGUAUGUAGCUAAAAAGCUUUUCAUGUCAUUGCAGGUCAACCUGCUGAAAGAUGAUGGAGACGGACCCAGACUGAAGCUGAAGAGGCUGUAA